GGGCGGGGCGGGACAUGGCCGGGCCGUGAGGGGAGAACGCGCUUUACAUGAACGGGGACGUCGCAGAACGGGAACGAUGCCCGGGGAAGGACCCGGUGGGUCUGUUCCGGGCCGGGCACGUCGUGAAGAUUUGUGCCCCGAUGGUUCGCUACUCCAAGCUGGCGUUCCGCACCCUGGUCCGACGGUACGGCUGCGAGCUGUGCUACACACCCAUGGUCGUGGCGGCAGACUUCGUGAGGUCGGCCAAAGCCAGGGACAGCGAGUUCACUACAAACAGAGGUGAUAAUCCAUUGAUCGUUCAGUUUGCUGCCAAAGAAGCACAAGUUUUAUGUGAUGCUGCCCUUCUCGUCUGUCCUUUUGCAGAUGGAAUAGACCUCAACUGUGGCUGUCCUCAGAGAUGGGCAAUGGCAGAAGGUUACGGUGCUUGCUUAAUAAAUAAACCAGAGCUAGUUCAAGAUAUGGUGAGACAUGUACGGAAUCAGAUCGACAAUCCUCGAUUUUCAGUAUCUAUUAAAAUCAGGAUACACGAAGACAUAAAAAAAACAGUAGACCUGUGUAAAAAAGCUGAAGCAACUGGAGUUUCAUGGAUUACAGUACACGGGAGAAAUAUAGAAGAAAGACAUCAGCCAGUACAUUAUGAUGCAAUUAAAGUAAUUAAAGAAAGCAUACAUAUACCUGUUGUGGCUAAUGGAGACAUUAAAACUUUAAAGGAUGCUGAAAACGUUCAUCACCUGACAGGUGCAGAUGGGACCAUGACUGUCCAGUGGACGGCGGUUGCCGCCUUCCUGUACGGCGAGGUGGGAGUGCUGCUCGUGCUGUGCCUGCCCUUCAUCUCCCCGCUGAGAUGGCAGAAGAUUUUUAUGAUUCCUCUAUGGAGCAAAAUGGCCGUCUUUUGGAACAAAAUGUUCCUUACAAUAAUAGUUCUACUGAUCAUCUUGUUUCUUGAUGCUGUUAGAGAAGUUAGAAAGUACUCAGCCAUUCAGGUGAAUGAGAAGGUUGCAAAUGUCAAUGCCAAUGCUAUCGAUCACAUUCAAAUGAAACUCUUCAGGUCACAAAGAAACCUUUAUAUCUCAGGUUUUUCCUUAUUUCUGUGGCUUGUUUUGAGACGUACUGUUACCCUUCUUACUCAGUUGGCAAAGGGCAUGUCAUCUCAUGCCGCUCUGGAAACACAAGUAAACGACGCGACUGAAGCAGCCAAAAAAUACCUGGCUGAGAAUGAAAGGCUACAGGAGGCCCUGAAUGAGAAAGGAAGCGGUGAAAACAAAGAGGCGGUGGAAACAAUUAAUGGAAAAUUGAGGAAGGAAAUUGGACAGCUGAAAGCAGAACUACAGAAGACAACAAAUGCUCUCCACAAGGCAAAUAAUGAAGUGGCAGCAGUUAAGAAGCAGUCUGAAGGCCUUAGAAGAGAAUAUGACAAUCUGAUGAAAGAAUAUGAACGACUUCAGAAUGCUUCAAGUAAAGCGGAAGACAGGAAAGACCUGUAAGUGUGCCUCGGGCAGGUGGUAUUGGCAUAAUUGUUUCAGUGUGAAAAGCCUCAUGCUGCUUAGGCUCCUGAUGUGCAUCUGAAACAAAGCUUGAUUUUUCUGAGAAGCACGUGCACUGCUGGUCACAAUCUUGAUUCCACUAAUAUAUCUUGGUUGCCAAUAUAUUAUUUGUUUGAAAUAAAAUGUUUAGUGGUUUACCAGGUCUACAAAGGAGUUUGUCACUGCUCUUGAGAGUUAAAACGUGAAAAUCUCUCACCUGGAGCAACUGAUCUCCAAGCUCUCACCUUCCAAAAUGGUAAAAGAUUAAUGCACCAUUUGCUUGUAACAUUUGAGUGGGAUUGAAUGUCAUGCUGAAUGACAAAAAACAAUUACUUAUACAGACAUCAUUUGCAACACCUUGUUGGAAUCUUCAAAAGUACAUUCACCAGUGGACUGAAGAAGCUUUUCAUCAGUCAUUGGCUUUCCAUGGAAAACUGAAUGACAAUCAAUCUAAAGAAAGUAACUAAAUAAAGGAAAGUAUUUUGAAAUCCAUCCUGCCAGCUUCUGGCUUUCACUGAGCUGCAGGGAUGAGCUUAUUUUAACAAGUGAUAUUUUGCAUUAUUCUGGCUUAUUUUUUUUCAAUUUAUGGGGUUACAUCGGUUUUCAUAACCAAAGUUUUGCAUUGGUUGUUAUUAAUAUUCUGUAUUUUUACACUGUUUACAUAUGCUUACUCAUUUAUUGCCACCUAACUGCUUUUGCCUUGCUAAAAAUCCUUCUAAAAUGUUGGAGGGUAGUUGUGUUGGUUUGGGUGGUUUUAUUUUUUGUUUUAUUUUCAUGAAUACAAUACCUCAGAAUAAAUGUGCACUGUUCUGCAUAAGCCCUCUUUGGCAUUCUGAAAGUUGAGUUUUUUGUUGGAUAUGUUUGUUAUAUUAAAGAGAUUGCUGAAGUU